CGCCGUUACACAACAGUCUCCUGUCUCCAGAAGAAAAAACGAGGAGCCUUGUCUUUACAUAGAACAGGGAAGAAGUCCAUGGUGGCGAUGGAAGCCAGGCGAGGGAGAAGGUUUGGGAGAGGACCGAACCAAACCCUCCUACCCCUGCGUGUCACGCAUCAGUCCAACACCGUCUCCUGUUGGUACUGCGACUUCAAGAUCUCAUUCUUUAACGAACCACUAUUCGCUUUUGGUCGAAGACAUGCCAGGUGUUUGAGAGUUUGGUUUUCAGUGGGCAUUGGUUUUAGUCUAGCAGCACUGCUUGGAGUUACUAUGAUUCUCCUAUGGGAAUUAGCAAUAGCUUUGCAUUUGUACAAUGGGAACACACGGUUUAGCAGGCUUUUGACCGGCUCGUUGUUUGGGCUUUCCCCUUCGGCCUUGGGAUUGAGCGUAUCAGUCGCUGAUGUUGGAUAUCUGUUAAUAUCUACAAUAAUAUCCGUAACUGCACAUGAAUUUGGACAUGCACUUUCUGCUGCGAGUGAGGGCAUACAAAUAGAGUAUGUUGCCGUGUUUUUAGCAGUUAUAUUCCCGGGAGCAUUGGUGGCUUUCAAUUAUGAGUUGCUAAAGGCAAUACCACGCUUUGCGGCCCUUCGCAUAUACUGUGCUGGUGUUUGGCAUAAUGCAGCAGGUUGUGCUGUUUGUGGGUUGUUACUAUGUCUCCUUCCCCUGAUCUUGUAUCCAUUUUACGUGAAUGGAGAAAGCCCCAUGGUUUUGGAUGUGUCUUCUUCUUCACCUUUGUCUGGUUAUUUGUCACCUGGUGAUUUGAUCAUUUCAUUGGAUGGCAUGCGAAUCCAUAAUGUACAAGAGUGGAUGGAGAUGGCAUCUCUAUUAGAUGAGCAGGCACUUCAAAACUCGAACAGUUCCAAUGAUUUUAACCGCUUCAUGACAGUCAAUGGCAGGAAGGGGUACUGUGUCCCCAGUCCUUUGAUGGAAGAGAGUAAAGACAUUCAACUGAUAAACAACGGAUCUAUUUGCCCGAAUGAGCUAACUGCAUUUGUUACUAUUUCAUGCUUUGAUCCAAUUGAUGGUAGCGGUGAGGACGAUCAUCAAAAGAGCAGAGAGAGUAUUCACUGCUUGACUGCUAAGGACAUAGUCAAGCUUAAAAAAUGUGGUGAUGGAUGGAUGAAAUCUAUCAGCAAUAGUAGCAGCUGUCCAUGUUCAGAGGAUGAGUACUGCCUCUCUCCGGUCAAGAUGCCAGGUCUAACAUGGGUUGAGAUAACAUAUUCAAGCCCUUAUUCUUCAGAGUGCCGAUUUGAAAAAAAUCCGUUUCCAGGUCUUGAGAAUUCCGACUUUGGAGGAAUGAACUGUGGUGGCACCUUUGUUUUCAUUGGUGAUGUGAUCUCCAUGGCACAUUCGAUUCGGUUAACUGCAUAUCGACCUCGCUGGUCGUUUGCUUUUGGAGCAUAUUUUCCAGAUGUCCUGGAAAAGAUUUUGAUGUGCACAUUUCAAGUCUCCCUAACGCUAGCUCUUCUCAAUAGCUUGCCGAUGUAUUUUCUCGAUGGUGAAUCCAUUUUGGAGGUGGCCCUAUGCUACGUGAGCUUGCUGAGCCCAAGGCAGAGGAGAACAGUUCUUCAAUUAUGUCUAUUGGGAGGGACCCUUAUGUCCGUCCUUGCAUUUUUAAGGAUCUUCCUUUAUAAAUUUUGAUUUAUUCUUUUCUCAGAAUGUGUUUCACAUUAUUAGCUUUUAGCUUUUCAUCUUUUAAGUUCUUCUUAGUUAAUAGUAGAUUGCAAUUUUUAUGGUU